CAUUAAAAAGCAGUCUUCUUGGUGGUACUGUCAUUUCAUUUCUGCUGCUUCUGUUCAAAAACCAUUAACCCAUUCAUAAACAACAUUCUCAAUUUUGUGAGUAAUAAUAAUAAUAAUACCCAUUUCUGAUUCUUUCUCAAGUUAUUCAAUCUUCACACUUAGCCCAUCUUCUUCUUUUUAUCUGUUUACAGGUUCAGUAUGCCAGAUGACGAAGUUUGACACACAUUUAUGGUUCACUGUAUAAAGAUGCUCAAAGCGGUAUGAUUCACGGAAGAUAUUCUGUUAUGGAUGUAAAGGGAGUUUCUGACAUUGAGCAUUCAAAAUAUGCAUUAGGGUUUCAGCACGAAUCGUGGCCUCUAGAUGCCAUUGAUCCAGCGAAAGCUAAGUUUCCAUGCUGCCUAGUUUGGACUUCGCUGCCAGUCGUCUCAUGGUUGGCGCCUUUCAUUGGUCAUGUUGGCAUUUGCAAGGAGGACGGAACUAUUUUAGACUUCGCAGGAUCCAAUUUUGUGAGUGUUGAUGAUUUUGCAUUCGGUGCUGUGGCUAGACAUCUUCAACUUGAUAGAGAGCAGUGUUGCUUUCCUCCAAACCUAGCUAGGCACACGUGCAAGCACGGUUAUCUACAUUCCGACUACGGGACUGCCAACACAUGGGAUGAGGCUCUACAGUCAAGCGCCCGACACUUUGAGCACAAAACCUACAACCUUUUCACAUGCAACUCUCAUUCAUUUGUUGCCAACUGUCUGAAUCGACUUUGUUACCGUGGAUCUAUGGAUUGGAACAUGAUAAAUGUGGCAGCUCUUAUUCUGUUUACGGGACGCUGGACUGACUUGAAGUCGAUAGUUCGAUCAUCCCUUCCUUGCAUAGUGGUGCUCUGUCUCGGUUUUGUUUUGGUUGGGUGGACGUUUUUAAUUGGGUUAUUCUUAUUCUCCUUCCUCUUAAUGGGAUGGUUUCUAUUGGCUAAUUACUUGAUGAAGAACUUGUUGGAAUGCUAAAAUUAUAGCAAUUAAUGUCCCAUAUCUAUUUAUGGUACAAUGUCCACUCAUUUUGUAAGUGUUCAUAAUACAUAUGAAAAGGUUAACAGCAUCUUGUAGCUGAGCUGAUUAUAGAAUUGUCCUACAGAAGGAAACUAAACAAUUGUUUACUGAA